UUUCGGUGCGGUGAGAACCCCCCCUCCCCCUCAUCUCUCUCUCUCUCUGUGUUAGGGUUUGUAAACUUCGAGUAUAGCAGAAGAGAAUUGGCAGUUUCUGAUCUUUACAUAGUGGGUUCGAGAGUCAAUUAGGGUUUUACACAAGCAUGACUCGCAAAGGCAGAACCGAAUCGAGUGAUGAGGCCGAAGAAGAUGAUCGUCGUCGUUACAGUGACAGGAAGAAUUCGCAAUCGAACAGUCGUCGUCGCGAGCAUCGAACCAAAGAAGACGAUAACAAAUCAUCGGAUUCGGAUGAGGAGGAGGGGCAAAUUAGGGUUAGAGAUGGCAAACGACGAGAUCGAAGGGAAUCGAGUGGAAACGAGGGGAGAGUAGAGAGAGAAAGAGGUAACCGAGUUAUAGAGAUAAAUGAUAGGUAUCAGAACGGUUACGAUAGAGAGAGAAACGAUAGGUACGAAAAGGGCUCAGACGAAGAAGAGGAUGGGAAGGUAGAGAGAGAAAGGGGUAAGCGGGAUAGAGAGAGAGAUGAGGAGUAUAGAGGAAAGGACCGGCAUUCGGAGAGGGAGAGGAGGCGGAGGAGGAGUGGGCGUGAUGAUAGUGGUGAUGAAAAUGGGCAUAGAAGGAGGAGGAAAGCUGAGGAGGAUUACAAAGGUAAGUCCCAGCAUUCGCGUCGGGAUUUGAAUGAGGAUGAUAAGGAAGGCCAGCGCAAGAGAUUGGAACAAGGACGGAGCGAUGAAAGGGAUGGUGAUGAUGGCAAUAGAAAACACAGGAGAGAGAAGGAUGGCAAUGGGGGUCGAGAAGAUAAUUGGAGUUUGAGGGAGAAGAAGAAGGAGGGAGAUGUGCCACCGGCAGCAUUGCAAGGAGGAAACUUGAAUGGAGACGGGGCGAAUUUGGGGAGGAGUGGGGGAGUAUACAUCCCACCAUUCAAGCUAGCUAGGAUGAUGAAAGAGGUGGAGGAUAAGAGCAGUGUUGAGUACCAGCGGUUAACAUGGGAUGCUCUGAGGAAGAGUAUAAAUGGACUGGUCAAUAAAGUGAAUGCAAUCAACAUUAAGAACAUAAUUCCCGAGCUUUUCGCUGAGAAUUUGAUCCGCGGGAGGGGUCUCUUUUGUCGGUCAUGUAUGAAGUCUCAAAUGGCAUCUCCAGGUUUCACAGACGUGUUUGCUGCAUUGGUUGCUGUGGUGAAUACUAAGUUCCCAGAAGUGGGUGAGCUUUUGUUGAGGAGGAUAAUUUUGCAGCUCAAACGAGCUUACAAACGCAAUGACAAGCCCCAAUUAUUAGCAGCUGUUAAAUUCAUAGCACAUCUUGUGAACCAGCAAGUGGUUCAUGAGCUUGUGGCUUUGGAGCUACUAACGCUCUUGUUGGACAAACCUACUGAUGACAGUGUGGAGGUGGCAGUGGGUUUCGUGACAGAAUGUGGGUCAAUACUUCAAGACCUUUGUCCCCGAGGCUUGCACGGUAUAUUUGAGCGUUUUCGUGGGAUUCUCCAUGAAGGAGAAAUUGACAAAAGAGUUCAAUUUCUGAUUGAAGGUUUAUUUGCAAUAAGAAAAGCCAAGUUUCAGGGAUAUCCAGCUGUUCGUCCAGAGUUGGAUCUUGUUGAGCAAGAAGAUCAGCUAACUCAUGAAAUCUCUCUUCAGGAAGAGGAAAUAGACUCAGAGAUUGCUUUAGAUAUUUUCAAGCCGGAUCCACAGUUCUUGGAGAAUGAGAAGCGCUAUGAAGAAGUGAAAAAGACUAUACUCGGUGAGGAGUCCGAGGAUGAUGCAGAUGCAGAUUCAGAUGCAGGCUCAGAUGAUGAGGAUGAUGAAGAAUCUGAUGAAGAGGAUGAAGAGAAGAUGGAAAUAAAAGAUGAGACAGAGACGAAUCUUGUAAACCUUCGGAGGACAAUUUAUCUAACAAUUAUGUCUAGUGUUGAUUUUGAGGAAGCUGGCCACAAACUAUUGAAAAUUAAACUAGAGCCAGGUCAGGAGAUGGAACUGUGCAUCAUGCUGUUGGAAUGCUGCAGUCAAGAGAGAACUUAUCUGCGGUAUUAUGGCCUUUUGGGUCAGCGGUUCUGCAUGAUCAACAAGAUCCACCAGGAAAAUUUUGAGAAAUGCUUUGUGCAACAGUACUCUAUGAUCCAUCGCCUUGAGACAAAUAAGCUGCGUAAUGUCGCCAAGUUUUUUGCCCAUUUACUUGGCACAUUUGCUCUUCCUUGGCACGUUUUAGCUUAUAUACGAUUAACUGAAGAGGACACUACCUCAUCUUCCCGUAUUUUCAUUAAGAUUCUCUUUCAGGAAUUGUCGGAGCACCUUGGAAUUCGCUUGUUGAAUGAGCGGCUUUCUGAUCCCACUAUGCAGGACUCCUUUGAAUCUAUUUUCCCAAAGGAUAAUCCCAAGAACACACGGUUUGCCAUCAAUUUCUUCACAUCUAUCGGGCUUGGUGGCAUUACCGAGAACUUGCGAGAGUACUUGAAGAACAUGCCGCGUCUUAUUAUGCAACAACAGAAACCCGUGUCUGAAUCUGAGAAUUCUGGUUCUGAUGAUUCUGAUGCUUCAAGUUCUGAGGCAGAUUCAGGGUCCUCAAUCUCGGACGAUGAAAGUGGAAGUGAAAGUGAAAGUGAAAGUGAUGACAGACACAGGAAGCGGAGGAGGCGAGGCUGAGGAACAUCUCCAAUACAAAGGCCAAUUGAAAAGUUCAUGCCUUCACUCAGAUGAAGCUGGUGUUUGUGGUGUUUGGUUCUUACUUUGUAGAAUAUUGUGUCAAUCAGAUUGGGCGAAACUCUAUAGUCUAGUUUUACUGUAAUGCUUUGUUACCUCAAUCUUUUGUAUAUUUUGAAAUUCGUGUACCAUGCUUUGCAGUUUUGGUUUGUCUUUUGUUAGUAGUGUCUUCAGAUUUAUUUUAGAUUCAAGUGUAAACUCUUCUAUCGCCGGAAAAGGUGGAGGUUGGGGGUUAUUGUUGAUUAGAGAUGGUAAAAAUUGAAUGCCUAUUUGCUUGUCAA